AUGAUCCUGAAGACCCAGACCUGAUAACAUGGUCUGGGCCCGAUGACCCAAUGAACCCAAAGAACUGGGCCAGGCACAAAAAAUGGACUGCCACCAUCUUGGUCUCAUGUUUCACAUUCAUAUCGCCAGUCUCCUCAACCAUGCUAGCCCCCGCACUAGACACCCUCGCUGACGAAUUUGACGUCGAGUCUGACAUUGAGACCUAUCUCCUCAUGUCAAUCUUUCUACUAGCGUACGUCGUGGGGCCAUUCGUCCUUGCUCCGUUGUCAGAGAUGUAUGGUCGUGUUGUCGUGCUUCAGUCUGCCAACAUGUUUUACUUGAUCUUCAACACCGUCUGCGGCUUCUCUGCUUCAAAGCAGCAGAUGUUGGCUUUUCGGUUUCUUAGUGGACUUGGUGGGAGUGCUCCUCAAGCUCUCGGUGGCGGCGUACUGAGUGAUUGUUGGAGAGCUGAAGAAAGAGGCACAGCGACUGCCAUCUACAGUCUGGCUCCCUUUCUUGGGCCUGCUGUUGGGCCGAUUGCUGCCGGAUACCUGACACAGUACCUGUCAUGGCGCUGGAUCUUCUGGACCGUCUCCAUCGCUGAUGCGGUCGUUCAAAUUCUCGCUUUUCUCUUCCUCUCUGAGACUUACGCCCCCAAGAUCUUGGCAGUCAAAGCUAAAAUGCUGCGCAAGAAGACGGGUAACGCAAGCCUCCGCACGGAGUUCGAUCAGCCAGACAGGACUUUUGGACAGACGUUGCGGAAGAAUCUUGUCAGACCAUUCAGGAUGCUCUUUACUCAGCCAGCGCUGCAGAUUACCGCGGUGUACAGGGCAUACCUGUAUGGUCUUAUGUAUCUUGUCCUCGCUUCGUUCCCUUUUGUGUGGAGUGAGCAAUACGAUAUGGAACCCGGACCGGCUAGUUUAAACUACAUCUCACUUGGUGUUGGCUUCGUGAUCGGGUUACAGAUAUCCGGACCUCUUAUAGAUAAGGUCUAUCGCAAGCUCAAAGCGCAAAACAACGACACUGGGCGCCCUGAGUUCAGAAUCCCUCUCAUGUUCCCCACAGCCAUCAUCACCCCCAUAGGCCUCCUGCUGUACGGAAUCGCAGCACACUUUGAAGUCCACUGGAUCGUUCCAAACAUUGGAGCAGCAAUCCUGGCCGCUGGUCUCAUCCUCUCGUUUCAGUGUGUGCAAACCUAUGUCAUCGACUCUUAUGAGAGAUAUGCAGCCAGCGCUGCAGGCGCGGCGGCCUUUGUGCGAACGAUGGCCGGGUUCAGCUUCCCUUUAUUUGCACCAAGAUUAUAUGAUGUGUUGGGUAUUGCUUGGGGCAAUGUGUUGCUUGCUGGUAUUGUCUUUGUGAUGGGGUUGAUUGUGCCCUUUGUGAUGUGGAGAUGGGGCGCGUGGCUUAGGAGUAAGAGCCAGUACUGCGCUGGCUGAAGAGGGUAUCAAAUGUUUGUUGCUUACCAGAGUUGCGAUGCCAGAAAUGAUUUACGAUGGAUAACUAGAAAUAUGACCACUCAUCUUUGGCCUAGAUAGGUAUUCAUCAAAUGGGCUCAGCAAAUUGAAUCGCUAGGGUUUCGUCAUCAUUGUCUCUAGCCCUCGAACAUAUGAUCAAAGUAUUGUUCGCGUGAGUCUAAAGGCUACUGGGAUAGGCGAGCGGUCACAUUCCCGCCACCUUCGAGGCUACUCUAAUUGAGAUCUGAAACUACAAGCGCCUUCAGAUUAAGGUUUAUCAUCCAUCAACUGUAGUCUCAAGACACUAAACUAGUACACUACGGUCAAGGUCUUUGUCACGUUGGUUCAGCAUGACAGGCAGGUAGGCAAAG